UGAACAUUUCAGAAUCUCGUUGGACUUCCUCGCGUAAAGAUAUUUGUGUUGAUGUCAGAUUAGUUUCGUAGUAGUGCUAUUCGCGGAUUGUGUUUUUAUUGUAAACAUACAUAUACUAAUCAGUAAAAUACUUAACAAUUGAUUCUGCGCUUUGUGUGGGGAAAGUGAAAAUAAAAGUAUUGAGUGUGAUUAUGCACCUGUAGCUGAAUUGAAUAACAACAACAGUUUGCAUUAUUUCUACGCGCGCAUGAGAGAUAUCAAAACGAAAGUGGAGCAAAAACCAAAUAACGGCGCAAAACAAAACAGCUGUUGCUCUUUUCGCGACUACUGCGUAAUCAUCCAAUUCAGCAUCGUCAUCGAAAAUAUUAGCAACAGAUUGCAAAGUGGGAGAUAAACUAGGCCAAAAAUUGCCAAAUACAUAAGCAAGCAGAAUGGCGGACAUAAACGAAUUGUUAGCAUCAUCAUUUGUGCGUGUUAAGCUCGUCGCUUUUGUGCACUUUUUCUUCAUCACAAAUGCUAUGCUGGGUACUUGGGGGCAUGGAGCUUAUGAGUUUUACAAUUUUCUCUUUAUUAUUGCCAUGUUCUGGACAAUGCAUUGCAAGGAAUCCAUUGAAGCUGCACAAGUGGCGCUCGUCAUAAACGUUUCAAGCAUAUUCUUUGAUUUAAUAUGCAUAAUAGUAUAUUUCGAUUUUAUGAACGGCUGGGCGGUUGCUUUUUCUAUCAUCAACUUAGUUAUACGUCCAAUCACUGUUAUAUUACUGUAUCGUGAGUUCAGUUCACGUGGCGGUAGCUUACAAACAGGUUCUGUGUUUCCCACCACACAACAGCGCACGUAUCAGGACAUAGAUCGGCCUACACAGCCUACGCCAACAAACUCACAGCCUGGACCAAAUGUCGCUAGUAUUUUCUAAGCUUAUGGCCAAGUAGCAUAGAGAAAAAAUUUAGUUGGAAAUCUGGCGAUUUGUUACCAGAAUUGCGUAUACACUCUGACAAAAUAGUGUUCCCUUCUCACUGAUUUAUUCUAUUAAUUUUGUUUAAUUUUAUUGUUUCAGUUAUCGAAAGUGAGAGCCUCGAAAAAAGUUUUAGUAUUAAUGUGAAAUCUAUAUACUUCCAUGUAAAAAGAAAAUAAUUAUUUUUUAUUUUUGCUCUCGUCUAAAAUAAUAUAUGUAUUUGUAUCUAUGAUUGUGCGUAUAAGUUUUGUUCGGGCACGAAGCUAAUCACAUUACUCUCUGUGAGAUUUAAAAUUGAAUACAAAUUCUGGAAACGAAAUUUUUAUUAUUGGCAAUGUUAAAGUUACUUUUCUCAGAAAUAUAAUUUUUAGAGCAAAUUGAAAAGUAAUAUUUAUAAUUCUACAUCCUCAAGAAUACAAUAGUCAAAACAGUUGUGUAUGUUACUUUGACUUUAUGAAUAAAUAUGAAUUAUCUGUCAAUUUUUGUAACGCGAUACUUAAAUUCAUGAAAAUAAUAUGCGUGCAAGAAAUUCCUAAUGUAGAUGAUAGACAACGAAAUAUUGCAUAUAUUUAGGCGCACAACUAUAUAGCUAUGACUAAAUUCAAUGUCGCACUGCAUUCAGCCAGUUUUUCGCCGAGUAACUAAUUAAUAACGAUUUCCCCAUUAAUUUGAUAUUUUAAUAGCUGCUACAAACAUCAAGUCUUAACAAUAAACUGUUAAUAUUUUUAACCCGUUGAAGUAUGACCUUAGCAGAAGUGGAAUCAGAA